AUGAUUUGACACCCCAUUUUAACCUAUUUAACCAUAGCCCUAUCCUACGCCAUCCCAAUCCUAGUCGCAGUCGCCUACCUAACACUAGUAGAACGAAAAAUCCUAAGCUACAUACAAGCCCGAAAAGGCCCAAAUAUCGUAGGCCCAUUUGGCCUACUGCAACCAGUAGCAGACGGAGUAAAACUAUUUAUUAAAGAGCCCAUCCGUCCAUCCACAUCCUCCCCUCUCCUCUUCACCAUAACCCCCAUACUAGCUCUUCUACUAGCAAUCACAAUCUGAAUCCCUCUACCCCUCCCCUUCUCCCUCACUGACCUAAAUCUAGGCCUUCUCUUCCUCCUAGCUAUAUCAAGCCUAGCAGUAUACUCAAUCCUAUGAUCAGGGUGGGCCUCAAACUCAAAAUACGCCCUAAUCGGUGCACUACGGGCAGUAGCACAAACUAUUUCCUACGAAGUAACACUAGCCAUCAUCCUCCUAUCUAUCAUUGUACUAAGCGGUAAUUACACCCUAACUACACUCACCACAACCCAAGAACCACUAUACCUCAUCUUCUCCUCCUGACCUCUCGCAAUAAUAUGAUAUAUCUCUACCCUUGCUGAAACAAACCGCGCCCCAUUCGAUCUGACCGAAGGAGAGUCAGAACUAGUAUCCGGUUUCAACGUCGAAUAUGCCGCAGGUCCAUUCGCUUUAUUCUUCUUAGCUGAGUAUGCAAACAUCAUACUAAUAAAUACUCUAACUACCAUUCUGUUUCUCAACCCAAGUUCACUCAACCCAUCCCCAGAACUGUUCCCAGUAAUCCUAGCCACAAAAGUCCUACUCCUUUCCUCCGGCUUCCUAUGAAUCCGCGCUUCCUAUCCCCGCUUCCGCUACGACCAGCUCAUACACCUCCUCUGAAAAAACUUCCUUCCACUAACAUUAGCACUUUGCCUUUGACACACCAGCAUACCAAUUUGCUACGCAGGCCUACCCCCUUGCUCAAGG